GAACUGUAGUGUUUGAGGAGGAAGAGAGGGGAAGAGCUGUUUCUACAGGCCUUUCUCCACUUUCAUUAUUUAUUUCCUUAUUAACUGCCAUCAAAAUAUUGUUGCUCGAUCGUUCGCGGCUGAGCUCGAGACUCGCGGAACAUCGUGUAGGAUUUCACAUUCAGUGAGUGUGUGUCGCGAUGGUUCGCCCACGACCCGGGGAAUAUAAAGCUGGAGAUUUGGUUUUCGCCAAGAUGAAGGGAUACCCGCUCUGGCCAGCGAGGAUUGAUGAGCUGCCAGAGGGUGCUGUGAAGCCACCAGCUAAUAAAUACCCCAUCUUCUUUUUUGGCACCCAUGAGACUGCUUUCCUGGGCCCUAAAGACCUGGUGCCCUACAAGGAAUAUAAAGACAAGUUUGGAAAGUCAAACAAGAGAAAAGGAUUUAAUGAAGGGCUGUGGGAAAUUGAAAACAAUCCUGGAGUCAAAUUCACUGGUUACCAGGUCAUGCAACCUCAGAGUUCAUUGGAGAUGGAAGGAGAGGGCGGGAAUGCAGCUGAUGCAAGCAGUGAGGAAGAGGAAGGAAAAAUGAAGAGUGACAAGGUCGGGUCCAAGCGGAAAAAGAGUUCAUCCUCAAAGAUGUCAUCCAAGCUGUCCAGGAAGUGUUCGGGAGAUGAAGAUCUGCAGAAGGAUGGAAACGAUGAAGAGGAGAAGAGUGGCUCAGAGGCUGGUGACCAUGACAACAACAUCCAAAACUCAGACAAGACAUGCAGUCAAGGGCAGAAUCAGUCACUCCGGGAGGAUCACUAGAUGAUCAGAAAAUGGCUCACGAUGGCUCAUAUGUGAUAUUGUAAAUGUACAUUUUGGCAACUUAUACUGAUCGCUUGCAAACUCCCAGACAUUAUUAUACAUUUACAAAUGAUCAUCUGUUUAUUCUGGGUCAGAUCAAACGCAUACAUAGAAGGCAACUGCCAAAUAAAUGAUUCCACGUAACACACAGCAUAUGUAUGCCUGGGAUUACAUACAAACUACAGUCAUUCCUUCAUGCUGUUUUGAGUUUAGACAUUUAGAUCUAGCUUCAACCCAUCUCAGAUGUCUCAUCUUUAGCAUAAUUUCUGCUGCUCAUUAAUGUGUGUUGUGUUUGACAUUUUGAUCAUUUUUCAUGCUUUUAUGUAAUCAGACAAAAAAGAAUGGAAAAAGAAGAAUAUGUAUGAAGUAUCGCGCACAAACAGAGUUACGUACUGUAACUCAAUAUUAUCUCCAUACAUUUGAUUUGGUUGUAGAAUGUAGGACCUCUGUACUAUUAGCCCAAUGCUAGAGGUACUGCUCAUCUUUAUAAGACAUAAAAUAUCUGUUUCUGUGUCAGUGAGUUGGUUAUUUUCUAGUGGCGUGCUGGCUUCUAUCUUCAUUCCGUAGUUCACAUUUCAUACUUGCGUUUCUGAUGUUGAUAAUGUCAGUCCAUUAAUUCAGACCGUGUUCCCUGCAGAAAACAUGCCCUUGAUUUGUUCAAAUUUAAUUUCCUAUCUUUGUUUUAUAUAAAGAAUAUAUUCUAUUUAUUUUUGAUGAUAGUAGAUGACACAUCUGUGGUAAAUUAUCACUCAUCAAUGUAGUUGUCACUUUAUUUAAAUUUGUAUUACCCUCAUAUUGGGACAUGAUGCAUUUUCAAGGUUUGUAGCUACAUGUAAACUGUUUUUCCUGUUUAUUGACAAGAAUUUUACAGAAUAAACUCAUUGGAAUGCAAA